AUGAAAGUGAAAGUAAUUUCACGUUCUACUGAUGAAUUCACUCGAGAACGUAGCCAAGAUCUUCAAAGAGUGUUUCACAAUUUUGAUCCAAACUUAAGAACACAAGAGAAAGCAGUGGAGUAUAAGAGAGCACUUAAUGCUGCCAAAUUGGAUAAGAUAUUUGCAAGGCCAUUUAUUGGAGCAAUGGAAGGGCAUAUUGAUGCAGUUUCGUGUAUGGCGAAAAAUCCGAAUUACUUAAAAGGGAUAUUUUCUGGUUCUAUGGAUGGAGAUAUUCGCCUUUGGGAUAUAGCUAACAGGAGAACAGUUUGUCAAUUUCCUGGUCACCAGGGUGCUGUAAAAGGUUUGACUGCCUCUACAGAUGGGAGUACCCUUGUAUCUUGUGGAACUGAUUGCACUGUCAGGCUUUGGAAUGUUCCUGUGGCUACUAUAAUGGAAUCAGACAACUUGUCCAACUGUUCAUCUGAGCCACGGGCAGUUUACACAGGGGAAAAUGCAUUUUGGGCUGUUGACCACCAAUGGAAUGGUGAUCUCUUUGCCACAGCUGGUGCUCAAGUAGAUAUUUGGAAUCAUAAUAGGUCUCAGCCAGUGAACACUUUUAAGUGGGGAACAGAUUCAGUUAUCUCUGUCCGAUUUAAUCCAGGGGAACCAAAUCUCUUGGCUACAUCAGCAAGUGAUCGCAGCAUAAUAUUGUACGACUUACGUGUGUCAUCUCCAGCAAGGAAACUUAUUAUGAGAACAAAAACUAAUUCUAUUUCCUGGAACCCAAUGGAGCCUAUGAACUUCACAGCUGCAAAUGAGGAUUGCAACUGCUAUAGCUAUGAUGCGAGAAAAUUGGAGGAAGCCAAGUGUGUACACAAAGAUCAUGUUUCUGCAGUGAUGGAUAUUGAUUUCUCGCCAACGGGUCGGGAAUUUGUGACUGGAUCUUAUGAUAGAACAGUUAGAAUUUUCCUGUAUAAUGGAGGUCACAGCCGGGAAGUCUAUCACACGAAGAGAAUGCAAAGGGUAUUCUCUGUCAAGUUCAGCUGUGAUGCAAGCUAUGUUAUUUCAGGAAGCGAUGACACAAAUCUGAGGUUAUGGAAAGCUAAAGCAUCUGAACAAUUGGGAGUUCUACUGCCAAGGGAACAGAAAAAGCAUGAAUAUAACGAAGCUCUAAAGAAGCGCUACAAGCACCUUCCUGAGGUCAAGCGCAUCAUUAGGCAUAGGCAUUUGCCGAAACCUAUAUUCAAGGCUGGUGCCCUUAGACGCGUAAUGGUUGAAGCUGAAAGGAGGAAAGAUGAAAGGAGGAAAGCUCACAGUGCUCCCGGAAGCAUUGUAACUGAACCAAUGCGCAAAAGAAGAAUCAUUAAAGAAGUUGAGUGA